AUGUUACUUUCCCCGCAGGAUCUGGAGAAGAAGCACGACGACAACGUACAGAUGAUCCACGACCUUCAGACGGAGAUAGACCGCCUGCUGGUCCAGCGGGACGAGGGCGAGUACGACACCGUGGGGGAUGCCGGGAAAUCGGCCGGCCUGCCAGAGUUCAACCGAGGUCACUACGACCUGCCGGUCCGGCCGGGAGGGAUCGUGGAGACACUCAGCAUUUACGAGGUUGUGCAGUUGUUGGCCGAGUUGAACUUACAGCAGUACAAGAAGACGUUCGAGCAGGAGCAGAUAGACGGGGAGCUGCUGUCCGGGCUGGAUGAGGACAUGUGCGUGAAGGAGCUCGGCAUGACGCGACUCCACGCGCUAAGGCUUCUGAAGAAGGUCGGCAAACGUAAAGCCGAGGAAGCGCAGUGACGUCUUCGAGACGUCGCACAUUUAGACACAGGUUUGGACACAAAUCUGACUAGAAUAUGCAGAAUUUGUUAUGUAAAUUUAUGCAAAUUUUUUAUAUGCAAAUUAUAAAUUAUCAUUAAUUCAUGAUGGACAAAUUAAAUUUGUCGUAAGGAUGCAUCGACAAUAUGUAUAUGUUAGAGAAAAGGUAAUUUCUCAGUAAAAAUCACUAUAGGUGCGAUGCAGGAACGCUGAAAUCUGUACAUCAUUUCUGACAGAAUUCUAAGGCGUAUCUGAUAAAAUUGGAGGCGUAACUUGACAGAGUGU